AAAGAUUUCCACUUAUAUAUAACAUCUGCACAGUGCUUAUGCUACUAUGAUCCCCUUUUGAUCGAUAUUAUCGGAAACUAUUUCAUUAAUUAUUGUUUCUCAAUAUCAUCGCCAAAAAAUAAUUUUUAUUUUUCUGAAUGGAGGCCAAACCGAAAUCAGAUAUUCAUCUUCCUCCUGGAUUUAGGUUCCAUCCAUCUGAUGAGGAGCUGAUAGUGCACUACUUAAACAACAAAAUUGCUUCAAAUCCUCUUCCUGCUUCUGUUGUUGCUGACUUAGAUCUCUAUAAGUACAAUCCAUGGGACUUACCAAAGAAAGCUUGUUUUGGCAAAGAGGAAUGGUAUUUCUUUACACCAAGAGACAGAAAAUAUCCUAAAGGAGCAAGGCCUAAUAGGACAGCAGCCUCGGGUUAUUGGAAGGCCACCGGAACUGAUAAACCGAUUGUUACAUCAGGGGGUAUGAGUAGUAUCGGAGUAAAGAAGGCGCUUGUGUUCUAUAAAGGACGACCUCCUAAAGGAAUUAAAACUAACUGGAUCAUGCAUGAAUAUAGAUCGCUUGAUUCAGAUUCGACCUGGCAUGCUAAGAAAACAGACUCCAUGAGGCUAGAUGAUUGGGUGCUAUGUCGAGUUAGACAAAAAAGCUGCUUUACAAAAAGCACUUGGGAAGAUCAAAACGAUGAUCCAAGUUCUGAAUCUCCAACCGCUGCAAAUUACUUCCCGGAACAGAACCAAAUGAUUAAAACCUAUGAUUACCCAAUGUUGCCUUACAUUUUCGCCUCUCAAGAUUUUACUUACAUUGACAAAGCCUCGUCCAGUGAUAAGAAUAAUAAUCUUCAAUUCUCACUUGCUUGUUUCGACAAUAUGUUUAAUCCGCAAAAAAGAAAGCAUAAGAGUUGUAUCCUACCAACCAAGAAGAUUAUAAAAGGAGCAGUGACUACUAUAGAAAGCGGAGGAACCAGGUUAGAUGAAAUGGUCAGUAACAGUCAUGUUGAAUGGAAUUCUCUCAUGCAGUAUCAACAGCUUCAUCACUUGGCCUUCACAGGAAGUGAAUAGAGCAACUACCAAAAUGAUAGGCAUUUGUAAAUAUGUUUAUGUAUAAUGUUUAAUUACAUACUGUUUAAUUAUAAUUAGAUCUCUGAUGUAUAUAUACAUAUACAUUUGUGAUA